GGUAAUCCGGACGCCAGCGGCAAGAGCUAUUGGCCAUUUGAGAAUCUCAGAAGCUAACAAACAGUUUCGAAGAGCAAGAAUCUUCCUUCCAGCACUUAACUUUCCAGUUCACCCGUCUGUGUCCUUGACGAGUUCAUUUUGCCUUGAUCACGAAAAGACAUGUCUGCGGAUUGGUUGGGUAGUUUGGUGUCCAUCAACUGUGGGCCGACGCUGGGAGUCUAUCAGGGAGAGGUAUCAUCCGUGGACCCGUCCAGCCAAACCAUCUCCUUGAGACAACCGUUCCACAAUGGAGUGAAGUGCCCUGUUCCCGAGGUCACGUUCAGUGCCAUUGACAUAAAAGAACUGAAGAUUUUAGACAUCAGACAUGGCAGUGCCAGGAACAGCUCCUCUGCAUCGACAAAGGUCAGCAGUGCUCCGGUUGCAGUCCCGAAGGGAGACACCAGGUCUGUGGAGAAAGUGAACUCUCCUCAGCACUGCUCCAAAAGCUAUGGAGAGCGUCACCUGGACGUUCCUGGCCAACCUAAAGGAUUCCGUCGAAGACACAACUCCUGGUCAUCUAGCAGUCGAGGGGUAAACCAAGUGACGCCGAAGAAGAACGGGGUGAAGAAUGGUCCGAUGAAGCACAGAGACGACGAGUGUUUCGGCGACGGCGUGGAGGAAGAACUGGACACAGACUUUGAUUUUGAAGCAAACUUGGCUCUUUUCGACAAAGCGGCAGUUUUCUCAGAGAUCGACAUAUCAGAGCGGCGCAACGGAGCGAGGUCACGAGGGACGCCACAAGAGCAGACGCCGUCACGGUACCGUCACGAUGAGAACAUCCUGGAGGCCAAACCUAUUGUGUUCAGACAGAUUACUGUACCGCAGUCCGGGGCCAAAGAAUAUUGCACUGACUCUGGGCUGGUUGUACCCAGUAUUUCCUAUGAACUACACAAGCGUCUGUUGUCGGUCGCCGAGCGUUACGGUCUGUCAUUGGAACGAAGACUUGAAAUGACCGGAGUCUGUGCCAGUCAGAUGGCACUUACAUUGCUGGGUGGGCCCAACAGGUUCACACCCAAAAAUUUACACCAGCGUCCCACAGUGGCUCUGCUGUGUGGCCCCCAUGUUCAGGGGGCACAGGGCAUCAGCUGCGGUCGUCACCUUUCCAAUCAUGAAGUGGAGGUCAUCCUGUUUCUGCCCAACUUUGUGAAGAUGCUCGACUCCGUCACCAGCGAGCUCACGCUCUUCAACAAAACUGGGGGCAAACAGGUGUCAAGUAUCAAAGACCUUCCAGACACCCCAGUGGACCUGAUCAUUAACUGCCUGGACUGCCAUGAGAACACAUUCCUGAUGGAUCAGCCUUGGUACCGAGCAGCGGCAGACUGGGCCAACCAGAACAGAGCGCCAGUGCUCAGCUUGGACCCUCCUGUUAGUGGACAGGGUCAGGCAGUUGAGGCCAAGUGGUCCCUCUCUCUUUGCCUACCUCUUCCCCUGGCUGAGGGAGCUGGCAGGGUUUACCUUUGUGACAUAGGUAUUCCUCGCCAGGUGUUCCAGGAAGUUGGAAUCAAGUACCAUUCUCCUUUUGGCUGCAAGUUUGUCAUCCCCCUGCACUCUGCAUAACGGGACUGACGGUCAACACGACAGAUUGAAUCUUUCACCAUCCUUGACCGUUUGGGUUUGGGCGCCUUAUAUUGGAGAGCUUCAGCUGUUUUUCAGUUCAUCCCUUAAGUUUCUAACUCAUUAACACAUGAAAGGGACUUUUCCCUCGCACUGAAGGACCAGUGUUUGGUCUGUAAGGACUAAAUACAUAAGAGUGGAGAAGGAAAAAGACUUUACAGGCCUUUUUGAAAAAAAUAGAUGUCAUGAAAACUAAAAGCUUAUACAAUUGUAUUUACAUAUUACAAGAUAUUUUGUUGAUGAAUCAAAAAAUACAAACAACGCUCAGUUUGAAAUUGAGUAGGACAAUCUUCAAAUGGAAAAUAUCUGAAUGUCAUUGUAAUCUAACAUCUAUCUAGUGAUCUAGUCAUUCCAAAGCCAUGUUGUGAAUAAGAUCCACCAUUGAAUACGUGCAAACACAAUGUCAUCACAUUCAUCUGGAUGAGACAACACUUACGUUGCUAAUGUCUCUGCUCACAGCCUUCCAUACUUUUCAGCAUUCAGUAAAUAUUGGCAGAUGUUCUAUUAUGAUCAAAUUUCCUCUUUGUUUUCACACUAAACCAGUGUUGAAUGGACCAGCUCCUGGAGAGAAUACAGAUCUCAGCAGUGUUGUUUGUCUAUGGUGAAUGAGGCCGUGGCAACAAGGGCUCCGAUAAGAUGACGGCGUGUUAUACCUCGGACGAUCUCACCCUUUUAGCGAUGAGAACGUGAUGGGCAAGAAGUUCGCUAACUUAAUUUUAGUGAAACUUCCGGACCAUACCAGUCUUUUCAGCUCCUUAAGUACAAAUCAUGUAUAUUUUGCAUUUAUAUUUUUUCUCCUGAGCAUUUUUAAAUGUAGGCUAUAUUUUCAGUUCCAUACAGUUGUUGGUUACUGUCUGAAAAUUAAUGAACAACUCAGUUACAACUCAGUUAAAGUGUGUGAUUCUCCACAGUGAAUGAAGUCUCCUGUGAGUUUGUGUCAAUGUAUUGUUAUUGUUGUGUGGUAAUGCAGUUUAAAACGCAUUAUAUUUGCUUGAAGUGUGCACUGCAUUACAUUAACAAGAAUCAAUGCAGACUUUUUUUUUUUAAGAGUAUGCUUAAAGAUUUUUGUGUUGUACAGGAGUUAAAAGAAGCCAAUGGAGGCCUGGAACAGUAGACAAAAUACAUCUACAUUUUUCUAAAACAUAGCAAGAUGAUAUGCAGAUGGUUGUGGUGUCAAACUGAAGUGAUUUGUGACGAAUGGGCUGAAAACUGGUAUGAUCCUUUAAGUUUCAAACAAGUGAUCAAAAGAGUUUUAACCGUUAAGGUUUGAAUGUCAGUUUUCCGAUGGAAGUUGUGUUGGCUGACAAAACAAUCAGCAUUUCCGAUUAAAUUAGAAUACUCUGUGUACUCUGGGAUUAAUGCUUUUUUUAAGGUAAAUAAUCUUGAUCCGAACUCACAAAAAGUUCCAAGAUGUACCCUGCUGCACUGAGUAUCAUCUCUGUACCAGUUAGAUUUGGUCUUUAUGAUGAGAAUUUUUUUGACAAAACUGCUGUUUUUUGUUGUUGUUUUUUUCAGUUUCAGUCUGACCUGGUGUUUGCCUGUUUAUGUAUCUGACCAUUCCUGGUAAUUUAGCGUAAAAGUGAAGACUGUGAAAUAUACAAAUAAUCUAAGAGAAAGGCUGCUUUUUGAGGCCUCGGCAGACGAGUCAGAAGCAUCUGUGAUGCCAGAUCUUUUUUCGCCGGUGAAAGUUUAAAACCUUUGCUGGUUCGUUCACAGAGCCCUGUGUCCCGAGGCCAGUGUCGUGUAGGAGAAGCUGAUUUCAAACAGUACACUCCAACCUAUACUCUUUGGCACAUGGUGUUUUGUUUAUGAUAGCUUAUUGACAUCUCAGGAGGAUGAAGAACGCUCGCGUUACUGUGUUUCCCCUGUGCACACUAGUCUGCACACGGCCCGUGCGCCGAUUCAGUGUAAAUUACUGCCAUGCACAAAUAUUUAGUUCCUUCUCCAACAUUCCUGCAGCCUGAUGUUUUAGGUCACAUCUGUUGAGACAAGUCCGGCUCAACUGUUGCUGAAUGUGAACAUGAAAGGGAGUCGUGUUUCUCUGUGGCCGCCAGGGGGCCACGCCACCACGUGUUUCAGUCGUGGAGGCGUGGCCCCCUGCUGUUGACUCUGAUAAUGGCAGCUCUGUGUACCUGAUGCUGACAGUUCUGAACACGAUGUGAGCAGUUUGGGACAGGAAGAGCCCUGUUAGAAAGUUGAAUUAGACUGGUUCAUAUGUGACAUAUUCCCUGAAUGUUUGGUCCACGUAAGGUCCGUUUUCAGUUCGACAAAGCCACAAUUAAUAGUCUGUGUUUUUUUUUUUGUCUAGACAGUUUUCAUUUGAGUGUCAAGGAUCUCCUGCAGUCCUCUUGUCACAUCUGCAGAUUGAAACAAUAAAAAAAGAGAAAGAAAA